GAAAAGUUCCUUCAACUCUGAGCCUGAAAACUAGCACUUCUGUUGUUUUCAUUACACUUAAGUCUUCAUUUUCAGUCAGCCAUGGGAGUUGCCUACAGCGUUGGAGAGGUGGACCACCUCUACACUUUCUUUGUGGAAUGGACACCAGAUAUUUACAACAAAGGACAGAAGAAGCGCUGCAAGUCUUGUUAUCUUAAGAAGAAGAAUGAUCCCAGCACUCUAAAGGAAAAGGACCUGACUGCAGCCAGCAAACACCUUAGCAAACCUGCCAGCAAAAAGAAGACAGCAAAAAACUGGGAGAUAAUCACAGUGAAGGAGUCCAAGCGCCGCCUGAGUCUGUGCAGCUCAGUGGAGUCUGAGGUAGACGAAAACGAGUACGAGGAGGGUGAUGAAGAGUUCCCUGUCCUGAGCGAUCAGAGCCAGCUGCUCAAUGAGUUUCAACUACAGAAGCUUGCUGCUCACAUGCCUGCACGGACUCAGGGCUAUCCGUGGAAUCUGGUUUACAGCACAGCCAUCCAUGGGAGCAGCCUGAAGACACUUUACAGAAACAUGGCUGGUCUGGACAGCCCCGUGCUGCUCGUCAUUAAAGACAUACACAAAAAGGUGUUUGGGGCUUUUUCCUCUGAUCCGUUCAAAGUCAGUAAAUAUUGUUACGGCACCGGAGAGACCUUCUUGUUCAGCUUCAACCCUGACUUCCAGCACUACACAUGGAGUGGUGAGAACUCCUACUUUGUGAGCGGCAACUGGGACUCUCUGCAGAUUGGUGGAGGAGGCUGUCCUUCAUGGAGUCACUACACUUCAAGAGCUAGUAGCAGUUUAGACACUGUUAUCCUGACGGAGAGUUCUCCGUCAUGUCUGCACCUGCAGAUUAGUCCACGUACAGUC